AUGUUCACCAAAAAGGCCAAUAUCGAUUUGAAAAAGUCGACCCAAAAAAUACAAGACAGCAAGAAAGAUUCCGCUGCCCGUCUACGGCAUCUGAAAACUAUACUCGAACACGUGGACAGCGAUGAGGCGAAAAAUCUGUUCGAAGCUAACUACAGUCACGUCUACUACAUCCUUUACGACACUUUCGUACAGGCCGAGGCGAAUCUGAAGCAGCGUGAACUAUCCUUUCACAUCGUACACAAAACGCACCGUGAGGAAUUGGACGGAUCGUUAUGGCUACUGAGUAAAAUACUAUGCCUGCUGCCGGAGUUGGUCCAGCGACGAUGGCAGUGUCAUUCGCUCGGACGAAUCCUUGCAAAAUUACUGCAUUACGGGAACAGCGUCAAGCUACGGCGCGAGGGCGUAAAAUAUUUCCUGCUCUGGUAUCAGGCCCUCGGUGACAAUGCACCGCCCUUCGUCCAUGGAAUGUUCACCGAGCUCGUGCCAGGACUGUCGGUACCGCAGCGUGGCAAAAAUGCACCUGCCGUUCCAUCAGACAGUGAAUUCAUCGCCACCGAUUUGUUGAACCAUCCAAACCUGAAAGGCGAGCUCGGUGGUUCCGUGUUUCACGACACAACAGCCACCCAUCCGGUCAAAUCACCCGAAAUUCAACCGCUUAUACCACCGAGCUCGAGCGAACGGACGGCUGCACCAGAUCCACGCGAUGGGCUCGAAAUUCUGCUCGACUGCAUGGUACAGUCGUGUGGGUGUUUGAAGUGGCGCGACAACAGUCCCCAGCGGCACAUACGCACCUUCAACUUUUUGCUCACCAAGUUCCGCGAACAGUACCUGCCCGUGUUUUGCCCUUCGUUCGACUACAGCACGUCCGUGUACGAGCCGAAGCUCGAUCUGCCCGUCAUCCGGAGCGUUUCGAAGCGCGAGGAGGUGAUGAGCUCGUGCGUGGUGGUGCUCAUUAUAUGGAUUGCGAAGUAUACGCACGAGCGGCACGUAAACAACAAGCUGGAGCAGAUUCUUUCCAUCGAGGAUGAACCGGGCGCGGGUUCCAGUGGUGGUUCGCUGGAUCAUGCCAGCUUGUUGUCCAAUUUGCGACACAUGGGUUACACACAAACGCAGCUAGUACGAGACGUAUUGUACUCCAGCCGGGAGACGGUUAACUUUGUGCACGAAAUUUACCGGCAGGCGUUCCUGAUGGCCUUCACCUCGAAGUCGCAGAUUGAAGCGAUGCGUAUCGCAAUCUCUGUGUAUCGCGACUGGAUGAGCAGCAUACCACCCCCACCGUUUCUACUGGAACCGGAUCUGGAAGCGUUACCCGUCGUAGGAGGAUCUCCCGGUGGUGCCGGGCCGGCGCUGGAGACCAUCUCCCCGACCGCCAGCAAUAGUCGACCGGGUAGCCAACGAUUGCGUACCGAUUCCUAUCUGGGCGCAAUGUUGAUGACCAAGGAGAAUGGUUCCAUUCGUGCCGGUUUGCAGAAUGUGCUGCAGGUGUUUGUAACGAAUGCGGUAAACGUGUUUAUGGUCAAUACGGCGCACCUGAAUUUACACUUUCAAUCGAAAACAAACGCAGAUGGGUACGCAACACCGCUUGACGAGCAGACCGAUAUUUGUAAGCGUGUGCUCAACAUUUAUCGCACGAUGGUUAUGAAGACGCGCAUGGAAGCGAAGACGUGGGAGCAACUGUUGCUAGUACUGCUCCAGGUUACGUCCGUCAUUCUACAGAACUCACCACCAAACGCGAAGAAAAACAAUCUCGGAGGACGAUUGGCACAGCCCAUCUUCCAGACACUGAUCGUUACGUGGAUCCGAGCGCACACGAACGUUCCGGUCAAUGCGGGACUGUGGGACCGGUUCCUAAAGGUGUUAUCCUCUUUAACGCACCGAGAGGAACUGAUUGUAGAGUGGGAUAAAACAAUGCAGACGCUUACACGUGUGCUCGCCAGGCAGGUGUACAAUAUUAAUCUUUCCGACUUACCGCUGGAUCGAUUGGCCGAGCAGAAGGGCAAACGAAAGCGUGGAACACCGUCCAAUUGGACGGCUAGCGAGAGCGGCCGUUCCGUGAUGGCAAGAGAUGGAAUCGUUGGUGGAGUGAACAGUUCCGAUAGACAUGGCACAGGGAUGCAUGAUAUUACGUUUACCAACGGAAGUAAUGUGGUUGCUACGAUACCUUCGGAUGGUGGUGCUACUCUUUUGCGCAGUAAUCUCAAUGGUGGUGGCAACGGUCAGAACCGAUCGGGCUUGGAUGAUGAUCGAUUAACUAACGGAUCCGGUGGUCCAAUGGCGGUAACAACAUCAACCGGGACGUCAACUACAGCAGGAGGAGGUGGUAUGCGGACGGGAAUGCCCAGAAGCAUACCGGGUACACCGUCACUGAAUCGAAGUUACAGCGAGGGAAGCCUGUUGUCUGCACCGUUUCGUAAAUCUCGUGCCCGUCGACGUUUGCGCAUCGCAGGACUUGGCUUAACAAUGGGGAGCAAUGCGCGGGAGCAAAAUGCAGCAGCAGCAGAGCAACAUCAUCACACGGGCGAUCAUUCCUUUUCCCGGUUGCUUUCCAACACAUCGACAUUCCUCAGCAUUAGCAGCGAGAACUUAGAAAUGGCUUCAUUUUCCGAAUGCACCGAAACAAUACCGCUCGGUGGUGAAGUACAAGCGGGAUCAGGCAUUGGUGGAAGCGUCCUGCGCCGUGCCGUAUCACUCGAUUCGGUCCGACCGGGUGGAUCGGGUGGUUCGGGCAAAAAAGAUCACCCUGAUGAUGACGGUUACCAUCAUCGCCAUCAUCGUGUUGGAGCGAGUUGUGAAGCCGGAUCCCGCAGCCCAUCACCGACAGCCUCGAGCGGAAUCGAAAGUGGAUCGAUCAAAGACUCCCCAAUGCAAAUAGCGGAUGCGCUUACCGCCGAUAGCUCCAGUAUCGAUACGCAGGAUGAUCCUCAGUCGUUUGGUGGUUCAUCUUCGUCCAUGGCAGCGACGGCCGAUCGUCGAUCAAUACUGGCUGGCGGGACGGCCAAAGGUUGGCUACCGGAUGUAGCGGCCGUGAUGUGGCGCCGUAUGCUCGGUGCACUCGGCGACGUGAACAAAAUCCUCAAUCCGAAGCUGCACGCCCAGGUUUAUCAGUAUUUGGUAAGCAUGACGGAAAGUUUGAUCAAGAUCCGCAUGAACCAAGGCAUUUCGCUUGAUGGCAGUGGACAUUCGUCGACUUCUACGCCGACACCGGCCAGUACGAAUCUGGUACCGCCUGUGGCACUUGUGGCCCCCUGGUGUUAUGGUGCACUCGCACUCGAUGCCCAAUACGCACAGGGCAAGCUCUACGCCAUGCAGCUGUUGUGCACGAUCGUUCAAAGCGGUGCCAGCUUGGGUAAUCAUCAGCUGCCACUGUUUUAUCACGCGCUGCAUCAAGCACUAACCGGAGAGGAUCGUGCAAUGGCCUACACAGCGCUACGUUAUCUAGGUGGGCCAAGAUUUCUCAGUCUACUGCUUCCGGGUCACACGCUUUUGCUGCUUGAUCUGGUCCACGCAGCAACCGUAGUGCUCACGUCCUCGGAAACAGGCCCUCACGCUCCCCGUGCACAUGUGGCCGGAUUGCUAGGAUCGCUUCUAUGCUUUCCCCGAACUUCCCUUCCCGGGCCCGUGCUGCAACCGUCCGAACCUCACAUUGAUCUGAUGGAGUGUCCCGAUCUACAAGAGCACGUGUUGAAUGUCGUACUGCGCUGUGCGCGUCGUGAACCGACGGCCAAAGCCCGCUGCAUUGCAAUCGCAUCGCUCGGUCAGUGGAUACUGCAGAAUCUCACCAAUCCUAGCGCUCAGCAGAGCGGUGAUGGUGAAGCCGCAUUUAAACAAAAAGUACCCCAUCACAGCAGCGAAACCGGUUCCCGGCGCGAAUCCAUAACGAAUAGCGUGAAUCCACGGAUUCGUGAAGCGUUUCAGGUCAUCUUACAGGCGUUACAGUUCAAACAUCACACCAUUGCACGUCUAGCGUCUGAAACGUUGAAGCUUUGCGCCGAACAGGGAGCGCGGAUCGAACAGAUCGAGCGCCUUCCGCAACUGAUUAUCGACACGGUGUGUCUCUCCCUGGAUAUCCACAACGUUCCGCAUCCAAAAGAAUCGGAUAAAACGGUACUAACCUCGCUGCUGUUGACACUAGGCGAGCUGUGCAUGUCAUUCUCGGUUCGCACACUGCAGCAACCAAAGCAUCACGAUUCAACGGAACCGCUUAUACUGAUUGUGUUUCGCAUACUGUACAAAAUAGCCACCGGGCUACAGAAUGGCGAGCGCAUUAAGCUGUUCACCACCGACGAAGAUUUUGAUUCGACCAUCGUUGUGGACGAUGUGCGUGAGAGCGGCAUGGGGGAAACCGGCCCGUAUCAAACAUCCGAAUCGAUUGCCAGCUGUCAGUCGGCGAUACGGUUGUGCGCUAAAACCGUGGCAAUGCAUCUCAUCACCAAUCUCGGCCACUUCCCGAUGGGCAUUGGUGCAACGCGGUUGAGUUCGUUGGUGGAUGAGCAGGAUGAUUUGAUGAGUAUAUCAGUCGCUACGGCACCGGUUCAUCCGACCUCCGGUACAGGUCCAUCCGUUGCAACGUUGCAGCGAGAGAAUUCAAUUGCGGGUGCCCGCGUUGAUGCGAUGGAGCAUGUGUUAGCCUCUCCAAAUUUACAGCUGCUUAUGCUAAGUCCGGAACUGGUGGCGAGCUUUAUUGAGUUACCUGCCCUGAAGCUACCAGGAGGUGGAGCUACCGCAGGACUUCUCACUGCAAACCGCCAGGUUCGUUUGCUGCUUCGUGAUCUGAACGGGAAAGCGUGCUGGGAUGCUUCGAUACUGUAUCAGGAACCAUCGCUAUCCGUUCCAUCACCGACGUCAGUUGAUUACGAACGAAAUGCAACAUUCCAAAGCUCAGCGCCAGUUUCGCGCCACUAUGCGUAUUCAACCUUACCCGCUGGGUCUGGUCAGAUGGCGGGAAGCAACAGUGUGGCAGGAAGACAUUUUGCCAGCGGCAGUACUUCGAUCGAUCCGCUAAUGUCCACCGCUAUUGGCUUGCCGAUGUCGCACGGUCCACGGCAUACUUUGCGACAUCGGCCGGUACAUCAGCUACCGGUUGCAAAGGAUUUGGCGCCUGAUUUAGACCAACUAGAUGAUCUACUGCAAUAUAUUGGUUACACCAGCCCAGAAUGUUUGGACAGUUCGGAAGUACCGUUGAAUACAGCCGGCCCAAGCCCACUUGGUGCCGGCCUUGAAGGUCAAACUAUUUCGAUAAUUCUAAACCAACGUACGAUCGAAGCCGAAGCUGUUGCUCGUCAAAACUCGGGUUCGAACGGUUUACUGAAUGUUGAACGAUCAUAUUCUGGUGGUACGUCAUCGUACCCGACACUGGUACCGAGCAGUGGUUACGGUAGUUAUUCACCCGGCCAAUCAUACGCGGAUGAAUCCGGGACGGGAACCUUAACAAGAGCAGCUAACGCGAUGCAGAACAGCCAACAACAACAACACGAUACCGCCACGAAACCAUUCCAACUCGGGCGCAUUCUGUUCAACCAACUAGGUCUCGCCGGUUGGGAACGGCGCAAGCGAACACAUCUGCUCCAGCGCACCGAUAAGCUGUUGCGCGAGUUGCGCAAUCUCGAUAAUCAAAAGUGCCGCGAAACGCACAAGAUGGCUGUGAUUUACGUGGCCAAUGGGCAGGAGGAUAAGGGCAGCAUUCUACGAAAUGGCUGCGGCAGCAGUACUUACGAAAUGUUUGUAUCCGCGCUGGGUUGGGAGGUAGAGCUUGAGUCGCACAACGGCUUUCUCGGUGGAUUACCGCGGCAAGGUUGUGGUCAAACGGCUCCUUAUUAUGCGACCCCGUUCCUGGAGGUAAUCUAUCACGUGUCGACCCGAAUGCCAUCGGAUACACCGGAGGCAAUAUUGAACAAAACGCGCCACCUUGGGAAUGAUGAGGUGCAUAUCGUAUGGAGCGAACAUAACCGUGAUUAUCGACGAGACAUCUUGCCGACCGAGUUUUGUGACGUGCUAAUCGUUAUCUAUCCGCUAAAGAGUGGUCUUUUCCGCGUGACGGUUAACAAAAAGCCCGAGGUACCGUGGUUUGGUCCUUUGUCGGACGAGAUGGUUGUUGGAGGAGCGUGUUUGGCUAGUUUAGUGCGGGCAUCAGCGAUCAACGCAAGUCGAGCCAAGCGAAGUUCUCUUCCGCUAUACCAACAGUAUUACGAAGAGCGCAACCGAUCAAUCGACACAGUGGCGUUGCGCCAUCGGGAAAAUAGCACGUUCGAAGACUUUACAGCCCGUAUCUUCUGUCCGAUUGCGCAGCAUAACGGUGGCAAAGUGGGUGGUGGGCCCAGUGGCACUGCCGGAGGAUCGUCAAUCGCUGCCGGUACGAAUGCACCGGCCCCAUUGGCGGCAGCUCUGAUCGAUCACCACAGCCGUGGACCAUCGAAAACGUGGAUACACCAUCCGGAAAUGGUUGCUACGGCCCGUGAGGUGACACAACAAACGCUUGCGUCCGUAUCACUGGACCAACCGUCCCCAAGGCCUCUACGCAAGCUGCACCAUCCGUUCAAGGCGGUACCGAAAGGCAAAGCCAGCCAACAACCUGGUGGGGGAUCGAUGGGUAGUACGGUGGUCUAUGGUUCUGGGAUGUCGAAUCCUGCGGCCGGUCUGAUUGGAACUGGCGGUGUAGCGUGUACCACACCACCGGAAAGCCCAACCCUACCGGGACGGAAGAUCAAAUGA